AUGGCUGUACCAUCCAGAGGGGGAUCGGAAGUAGGUAGCCAUGGAUUGGCUAAGGGCGAACCGACCAAGCCGCGCAAGAGGGUUAAGGGAGCCGCUAAUAAAAAUAAGGGCGCGGCUGACAACCAUAAUGCGGCUGUGAGCUGCUUUGACACCGAAAUUCUCGGCGAGAGUCAAGCCGGGGACCAUGCCGGUAACAAGCAUGUUCCCACUCAUUCCCUGCAGGAUGGCACGGCAGAAGGCGUUGAAACACACGAGGAGCGUGUCGAGGACAACCAGGCAGAGGAUUUCGCCAUGGGGGACGGUGCGGAGGACGAAGGCAACGAUGGCGGGGAGGGCGACGAAGAGGAAGAAGGCGACGAUGGGGACGAAGGCGACGAAGGCGACGAAGCCGACGAAGGCGACGAAGGGGAGGAAGGCGACGAAGGCGACAAAGCCGACGAAGGCGACGAAGGGGAGGAAGGCGACGAAGGGGAGGAAGGCGAGGAGGAGGACGAGGGGGACGAAGGAGAGGAAGGCGACGAAGGUGACGAAGGCGAGGAGGAGGACGAGGGGGACGAAGGGGAGGAAGGCGACGAAGGUGACGAAGGCGAGGAAGGCGACGAAGGGGAGGAAGGCGAGGAGGAGGACGAGGGGGACGAGGGGAACGAGGGGGAUGACGAGAACGAGGGGGACGAGGGGGACGAGGGGGACGAGGGGGACGAGGGGGACGAGGGGGACGAGUGGAACGAGGGGGACGAGGGGGACGAGGGGGACGAAGAUGAAGAAAUGGUUAACCAGGCUGUUGAGGAAGCAGCCGGGGAGGAAGAUGAAGACUGCACGGAAUCGGAUGCUAGUGCAUACGCUGUGAGAGAGAUGCGAAAGCGUGGCGUUCAAGAAGCUAGUCGUGGGACGACCGUGGACGAGGAUGCAGAAGAGGCACAGGCGUUGCAAAGGGGGAGGUUCAAACUGUUGUUCGGUUUGGGCCCUGCCCUCCCCGAGCAGGAAGCACAGGAGGACGGAGAGGAGCCCACUCCCAAAAUAGGAGAGGUCGUGGUUGCUGCAGGCCGCGCUCGGACUGUCAACAAUGGCCGUCCUUUGCAGCCUAAGAAGAAAAGAAAGGUUAACGGGGGCGAGGAGAAAGGAGAGGCAAAGCCAGGCUCAGCUGGAAAGGCAAAGCCAGGCUCAGCUGGAAAGGCAAAGCCAGGCUCAGCUGGAAAGGCAAAGCCAGGCUCAGCUGGAAAGGCAAAGCCAGGCUCAGCUGGAAAGGCGCCAACCAAGAAGAAAGGCCCUCUCUCUCACAUCCUAUUCACUAAACUUUUGUUCUCGUCUCUCCCUCUCCCUCUCUCACUCCCGUCUCUAUCUCUCCCCAUGUCACUCCCGUCUCUCCCUCUCCCCAUGUCACUCCCGUCUCUCCCUCUCCCCAUGUCACUCCCGUCUCUCCCUCUCCCCAUGUCACUCCCCCCCAAAACGCAGGAGCAACCGCGGGGGCAGCUCCAAGGGCGGUGGCCGGCGCGAAGGGGCAGGGAGCAGGCGCAGAAAGGCGCGCGGGUGCAGCUCCCUGGUCACCGCCAUCUGCAGGUGCUAAGGGGUAGGGUGCAAGCGCGGGUGCAGCUCGCAAGGCGUUAUCUGGUGCGAGGGGGCAGGGAGCAGGCGCAGGAAGGAGCACGGGUGCAGCUCCCGGGUCACCGCCAUCUGCAGGUGCUAAGGGGCAGGGUGCAAGCGCGGGUGCAGCUCGCAAGGCGUUAUCUGGUGCGAGGGGGCAGGGAGCAAGCGCAGGGGGGAGCACGGGUGCAGCUCCCGAGUCACCGCCUUCUGAAGGUUCUCUGGGGCAGGGAGCAAGCACGGGUGCAGCUCGCAGGGCGUUAUCUGGCGCAAGGGGACAGGGACCAAGCGCAGUGCCCCACCACCAAGGGUGCCUUCCUCAAAGCGUGUAGCAACACGCGCUGCUCUAUAGGCAAGGUUUUUAGGCGUAUUGUAUUCGCUGCAUUGGGCAGUGACAAGUACACGACCAAGGUGAAGUACCUGCCAAAAGGGCUGCCGCGCCCAAAGGACGUGGUGAAGCAUGAGGACUUGCUUCAAGCCAGCAUCAGUGGAUGGCAUGUCAACCCCAUCACCCAACAUCCUUUUGCCACGAAGCUCUUUGCCGUCGCAAUGAGGAGGGCGUUCACGAGGCGUGGUGUGCACCUCGUGGUGUGGAAGUCACGCAUGGUGGCUUUCGCGUUGUUCACUCUGGAGAACCCUCUUCUGGAAAAGGCUACUGAUGGCAAGCUGAGCAACGACCAGAGUGAGAACCGCACCAAGUUUCACGAGACAUGUGACAGGGUUCGCCGGUGGGUGGAGCAUUCAGUGCUCAAGUUGGCGGUCCCCUAUGAUCGCGCUGCGCAGGCGUAUGUGUUUGGCGGCCAUGGUGUUUGCAUUGAUGCAUCUGACUUCCCACAACUCCCCCGUACUUGA